CAGAGCGGUACGGAGUAAUCCGUCCUUUCAUGACGGAACUUCAGCUGCUCGCAGUGGGACACCUUCGCUCCCGAACUUGGACCAGAACAUCCACCACUCCCACUGCGUCGGCUGAUCGAUAUUCCCGGCACCAUGAUGUUGGGCCAUUCAAGCAUGAUUUGUUCUCCCUGAAACGAUGCCUCUCAAGUUACCAGCGACAAGCCUCUGCUCGAGCCGCAGCGUGCUCUCCGUGUUCUAUACCCCAUCUUCAGCCUCGUCACUGUGCCGGCCACGCGAUCGACGGUCCGUUGCGCCCUUAUCGCAAUGUGCACAACAUUGGCAGUCCUACGCCACGGUGUCUGAUGGGCAGCGGGGCGACAAGCCCAACAACACAGACUAUCCGAAGUGGCCGACGUCUGCGAAUCCUACACCUUACGAGAUCCUAGGGCAUCCGCGGGAUUGUCCCUACAACAAGGCCCGGUAUUUCCAGCUCGCCAAACUCUACCACCCAGACCGCCACCACCAUACCUCCGGCGAUGGCAUUCCCCAGGUGACGAAGCUUGAACGGUACCGCCUAAUCGUCGCAGCCCACGAAAUCCUCAGUAAUCCACAAAAGAGACGCUUGUAUGAUCUGUACGGCUUUGGUUGGGAAAACCAGACAGACCCCAAGAUCCGGCACCGUGAGGCGGACCGCGCGUGGCGGCAGGAGCCGGGAAACCCCAGUAUGAAUGCGACGUGGGAGGACUGGGAGCAGUGGCACCAGCAACGAAAUGGCAGCGGCGGGAAGCAGGAGGAAGUCUUUACGUCCAACAUUGCCUUUAUGGCCAUCGUUUCAGCUUUUCUCAUUGUCGGUACUUGGAGUCAGAUGACAAGAGCGGGUACGAAUUCGAUCAGCAUUAUCGAGAUGCGGGACCAACAACACGCGGCCAUAAGCAGGGAGCUUCAGGAGCGGCGGAACCAAAGGGCUCGCCUUGACCGGGAAGCCAGGGUUGAAAGCUUCGUACGGCAGCGAGAGUUUGAAAAGUGGGCACAUGACCCACCUGGGCAUGGUCUCCGAGCCCCAGGGGACAGCGAGGUGUCGAAUUGACUCUAGGGAGGCAUCGGCACCGUGUUUCCGCGUUACAACUCUCAGAGUGUUGGGUCUUUGCUGUCAUACACUAGCUUGCUCGGGGGCGCUGUUCAAACCCACAACCGUUCCCCACAAAGCCCGCGAGGCAUUGACACACAAUGAGUCUUCAGUGGUCCUAGGGUCCUAGAGAUCGCUCUCGGCGUAGUGUUUCA